AUGAUUUUCCUCUUCUUUUCCCUUUUCCUUUGCGGCCUCGUCCGCGCCCAGUCCCAGUCGCAAGCUGUAACCGUUCCCGUUCCACCUCUACAGUGGAUUCGACUACAAACGACGACAAAUGCACCCGCCUUGGCUUAUGCUGCCGCCGCCAUCGACACCGUUCAUUCCCACCUCGUCCUCUUUGGCGGCGAGACGAGCGGUGGGCUCACGGAUGGAAAUACUCAUCUCCUCAAUCUUCGUUCCUUCAAUUGGUCAUCCCCGCCCACGACUAGUACUGGCAUUGGCAGUGCCAAACCUCCCGCCCGCUCUCGAGCUUUGGGCGCACAUGAUUUAAUUGCAUCCUACAGAAACGGCUUUCUUCUCUAUGGGGGGCGUGCAAGUGAUGGAAGUUCCCUUUCCGACGUUUGGGAAUAUGCUUUUAAUGGUCAAUUUUGGACAAACAUUACCGUCAGGGGCGAUAUCCCUCCUCCCCGUUGGGGCGCAGUCGGCGGAGGAGACCCUCCCGUCGUGAACAACAUCGAUUCCAACUUGCUGACCACGUUUUGGAUGGCCGGCGGAGCGACAGUCGUGUCCAAUGGACAAGCCGUCGAAACGCUCGACUACAACGACGUGUAUCGACUCCAAAUGAGCGGCACUGUUGCGCAGAAUUACAUUGAUGGCACCGCUACCUGGGCCAAAGUCGCGUCGACGGCUAGUAAUGUCAAGGGACGAAUAGGACAGGCAGGCCUCGUUUAUCGUACAGACGAGGGGAAAGCAAAAUUGGGAAUCUAUGGCGGGUGCACAGGUUCACAAUUCCAAACACUUGCUUCUGUCAAUCAGGAGUGCGCCCAGGCGGAUUCAUAUGUGCUCUCGACGGGGGAUAGUAGCCCGAAUUGGGAGACGAUUGCCCAAUGCCCAAGUCCGCGCGUCGGUGCAUCGUUUGUGCCGACGCUCAAUCACUUAUUCAGUGACAUGGCGUUUCUCCUCUUUGGCCUUUCGCCCAAUGCUAAUACCACCGACGCCGCGGCGCUAGAGGAAAAGGGCGAAAUUGACGUAUUGAGUCUGUCGCAGGGCGUAUGGACGCGUGUGGUUCCUUCAUGCGACCCGUCGUCGACUCCACCGUGUCCUGUCGCGCGUCAAGGUGCGGCCGUGGUUAGUUCGCCUAAUCCGAUUGUCGGAACGGGGAUUGCGGAUGGUCAGGCGUCGGAUGUGAUUGUGUUUGGUGGAAAGGAUAAAGAUGGAAAUGUGUUGAGUGAUGUGUGGAUCCUGCGGGCGACGGCUGCGCAAACGACGUUUUCGAAUCAGACGACGUGGGGUGCACAGUUUGGGGAUGGAACGCUGGGCAGUGGACCCGAUACGAAUGGUCAAGGUGUUAGUGUCCAGUUUUUGACAGAUUGUUCGUCUCCUGCAUCUGGUUCUGGCCCCAGCUCGACGACGAGCAGUGGAGGCGCUCAGCCGAGUGGUUCAAAUGGCCAUUCUGGUUUUAAUUCGGUUGGACCGACGUAUCGCGUUGGUACAGCGCAUCAAGUUUUAGCGGGAACGUCCGUUCUUGCCAUUUUGAUGACCGUCCUCUUUGCGCGAUGGGCGGGUUUCUCUGUCGAUGCGGCGUCCUCGACCGAUGAGAAUCCAAAGACGACGACCACCACCACGACAAAGAUGGCGCUCCUUUUCCUCGCGAUUGCGUCUUGGAUGCUCGGCGUCGUUGGGUUUGUCGUGUCGUUUACGUCGACUCGCAAGAUUACCUCUGCGACGAGCAAGGCCAGACUAAUCAGACGGGAUGGUGGGAGUGUAUUUGGGCCGACCCCUCAUGCAAUUGUUGGUUGUGUGCUCUUUGGAGCGGCCUAUAUCCUCACCCCGCUCGUCAUACUCUCUCGUUCGUACGCGCGAAAACGGAUGCAGAAAGGGAGAAAAGAGGCGAAUGGGCAAGUCGAAGAGUUGCCGACGUUGCAUCAUGGCUAUGGCAGGGACGCGUCUGCCAAUUCAACGCCAGGCGAAAAGGCACAUCCUUUUGGAUCCCACAACAUCCGUUCCUCUGUUCAUUCUCAGUCGAUGAGUACAGCGUUGAACAAUCCCUCGAUUGCAACGGCGUUAAAUACGCUCGAAGGAGGCGGAGAGCAAGAGCGAGCCCAUAAAUCAAGAGGAGAGGAGACGGGGGACGAAGACGAUGGAGACGAACCUUUGGGUGCGGGCCAUCGGGAACGAUUGAGAGCGCGUCGGCCUGCGUUUGCUCCGUCUGCCUUCUUCAAGUGGCCGAGCUCUUGGACUGUACUACCGACGCCGGUGAAGAGAGGACAAGAUGCAGAUACCAAGGGUCGUCGAAGACUCUCGUCACAAGCGUCUACACCCAUGCUCCCUCGCAAUUCAUUAGGAACCCAACCUCCUUCACGUCCUGCCUCUGUUGAUGCCUCUGCGCCUGCUGCCGGUGGUGAGACUGGAUUUGUUGUCCUCAACCGUGGACGGCAUGCGUUGGACCGUAUGACGCACGCGACUCCGAGCCAUACUAAUGGGAACGGAGCAAGGUCUGGUCCCGUGACGCUCAGCGACGUGAGUUGGUUGGAACGCCGGCGGAAUAUGAACCUCGUGAGCGAGAUGGAUUAUGCAAUGUCCCAACUACGCUCGUCCAAACGACACUCGACUUCUGCUCUCAUGGACGUGUCGCCAGAUGGGCAUUCUGAACACGACCGCUCGCCGCGUGCGUUGGCGAGCGGGAGACGAGGGAUGGAGUUUCCAAAACGGCGUGUCGUGCUUUUGCACCUCAUGUUCCAUGCGCUCCUAUGCGCAUUGGUUGUCUACACUGCCGUCGCGUUGUUCUCCAAGACGCGAGGCAACUUGGGGGUACCGCUUGGUGUCGUGUUUGUCCUCUGCGCGGUCGCGUACUAUGUCGGCGUGGUGCUGCUGGCGCUCCGAGGGCGCCCGGGUGAAGGGAGCGUGCUUGUCGUUGGAUUCGGACGAUUGCGUGGACACUAUCCUUCUGGUUCGGUGCCUCAUGGGUCAAAUGGGGAGGAAGAUGUGAAUGGUGUGGAGAGGGAGCGAGCCAUUUCGCCGCUCGUGGAUGGCGUGACGGUGCAUUCGUCGCGUGCCUCGCGCGCUUUUUACCCUCCACAUGACGGCGUCGCUCAUGCCGGGAGGGAGGACGAGGAGGAUGAAGGAGAGGAGAUUGAACGUGAGAUGGGCAGACGAGACGUCUCCAUUGUCACGGUGGUGCCAAAACGACGACUAUUUAUUGCCAAUGGCGAUACAUUAUCCUAA